CUUACAGAUUUGCCCUGUGUAGGGGUUGCCAAGAACCUUUUGCAUGUGAGUGGUCUGGAAGAGAAAGAUUCACUAAAGGAAAAGGAUGGGGGAUUUCAAGACUAGAAGGCACAUUUUUAAGGCUAAAGAUCUUCAGAAAGAAGGAAAUGCGUUUUCACUAAUUGGAAGUUCCGGGAAAGUUUUAGGAAUGGCUCUCAAAAGCUGUGAGAAAAGCACUAAACCCAUUUAUGUGUCCGUGGGUCACAGGAUUAGUCUGGACACUGCCUUACGUCUGACUCAUUCAUGUUGCAAAUACAGAGUACCAGAACCAAUUAGGCAGGCUGACAUAAGGUCCAGAGAAUAUAUUCGGAAAAAUGUUAACGUAUCUUGAGAUUUCAGGAAGCAGCAACCAUAAGCUAAUAUUGAAAGCCCAGCUGAAGAUAUCUGUUCCCAAAGAUCAGCCAAGAUGACCCAGCAGAAAGUAAGAGCUAUCAUGACCAUCAGUAUUUUACCAGCAAAGCCUUAAGAUGUUUACAUAAACAAGCCAGCUGGGCUCAGAAAUCACCAAGAUGUGGAGUUGGAAUCUGCUUCUGACUGGGAAACUAGCACUCAAAGCUCUGUAGUUCCUUACCUACCUCAAUAUUAAUGGUAUCGUACAAUCAACAGAAAUUAAGACCAAGCUUGACACUACCUAACCACUAUUUUUGGAUCUAUUUUGUAUAUCCUGUUUUCAAUUUUAACACAUAUUGGUAUAUUUUCUUUGUUACACAUUUAUGAAUAUGCAUAUUAAUAUAUUGUAUAUCUUUUAAUAUAAUCUCUUUUCUGCAUGUAUAACAUGGGUCGAUACUGAGGGCUGCUAAUUCAGAGUACCAUCUGGGUUAUUGCAUUAUCAGCAUAAAAGAAGAGGAAUAACUCUGGCCCUUCUGGUAACGGUGUGAGGAAGAGGUGCGAAAUCGGUUUGAACUAAUUAGUUGCAGUUAACUAGACAACAUUAGCUUAGGCAAUGGUCUGAAUGGCCUCAUGCCAAAAUUCCAAUGAUUGUGAAAUAUCCAACUCUCAAACAAUGUGUGUAGAUAAAAUACGUAAUUAACAGUUGCUUGAUGGUACAGAGCUUGAAUUUUGAUGGAAAAUAUGAUUGCUUGAAAUUUGGUACUCUUGCAUUUGUCCUGAUCAGGGAAAGACAGCAAUGUGUUCCUCUUCUCAACAGCAUUGAGAUCUGUAAUGUGUAUAAUAACAUCUCUGAAAUUGAGGACAGAUGAGCACAAACAUAAAAUAAUAAGGUUACAGAUUCCAUUAAAAAGAGUUGAGAGAAAUUUAAUAUGAAGGAAUUACAGGGAGUACAGGAACAGUUCCUCUUAGAUAGCCUUGAACUCUCUACUUUCCUCCGUGGAAGAGUUCAUGUUUGUGUAGCUAGUGGUUUUCCAUUUGGGUUACAGCACACUGAAUUUUAGAGUCAAUAUUGGCACACACCAGGUGACAGGGAAAAAUGCAACCAAAGUGAAAUCGCAACUCCUUAGAAGCCAUGCUUUAAGUACAGAUAAGUAGGAAAUAUAGUAUUCUCAGGGCGUAAUCACAUCUCAGGACUCAGACAGUAAUUGGAAACUGCAGCUAAUUAUAUUAUCUAAACCCGCAAUUAGAUUAUUGCUUUGUAAUCGUGCCUGUGUAAACAUUAUUCUCCAUUUGUUCAAAUGUUCAGAAGCAAAAAUAAAAAAAGUUAAUAAAAAUAUA